CUCCCCGCGGCCACUUGACCCCGGAAGUGGGGUGUCGGGCUCCGGUGCCAGGGCGGCGGGGGACUGCGGCGCCAGCGUCAGGUGGAGGCAGCGGCAGAGCAGUAGCUAUGUUUCACUUCUUCAGAAAGCCUCCAGAAUCUAAAAAGCCCCCAGUGCCGGAGACAGAAGAAGCAGAUGGAUUCGUUCUUGUAGGAGACACAGCAAAUGAGCAAAGAAGUAAAACUUCAGGUAUAGAAUGUGAUCCGCCUUUAGAGACCAGCAAAGAAAACUCAUCCAGUGGGACUGUGGCAGGCCCUGAGACGGAAAAUAAGGCAGGCCAGACUCUGGAGAGCAGCUCGCUAAUGACCGAGCUCCUGAGCGACGUCCCCUUCACCUUGGCCCCACACGUGCUGGCAGUGCAGGGCACCAUCAGCGACCUUCCCGAACACUUACUCUCCUAUGACGUCAGCGAAAACUUGUCACGGUUUUGGUAUGAUUUCACUCUUGAAAAUUCAGUGCUCUGUGAUUCGUAACCUUUAUGUCUAUUUCCACCUUAGCAGCUUUAAAAACAAAAGUUUUCCUGUUGUAUUUAACCUGUUUGAUGAUCUUCGUCAUUUCUCUGUUUCAAGGGCCUCAGAAAAGCAAGGAUCAUAAAGCAAAGAAAAUAGCAUUAUGUUCAUUGCUCUGAUUUUUGGUAUAAAUACACAUGUAUAAAAAUUGAACUUCUUUCCUCCCUCAUAAUAAAUACUAAAAGGAGGCCACCAAGGUUUUAUUAAAGUAUAUUCCUUUAGCCAGUCUCCCAAACUGUAACCCCGUGGUAGAGAACUGUGAAAAAGAACUGUGGCGUUUUUCUGUGUUACCACCAAUCUGUAGCCUGAGCUCAGGGUAAAUGUGAAGUCUCUUCUCUGGUUUGGAGGAAACUUGGAUGCUAUCCCUGUUCUUCUUAUAUAGUGUUUAUGAAUGAAUUUUUUUAAAAAAAUAAUUACUGGAUGGCCUAAUUGCAUCAGGCUCAAUGUAGACAUAUGGCUGUGGAAAUUUAAAACUUUUUCUUCAGCAGCAGCAGCAGUUUGUUAAUACAAGAAUGCUAUCACUCAGAAGGGCCUUUGACCUGGUGGAUCAGAUGCCCAUGUCCUGCAUCACAGCAUUUGGGUUCAAUUCCAAGGUCAGGCCCCUGACUCCAACUUUCUGCCAGUGCAGACCCUGGGAGGCAGCAGUGAUCACUCAAAUAAUUGGAUUCCUGCCACCCAUAUAGGAGAUCUGGAUUGAGUCCAUGACUCCUGCUUUGUCCUGGCCCAGCCCCAGCCCCAUUCCCAGCCGCUGUGGGCAUUUGGGAAUUAAACCAGCAGCUAGAACCCCCACUCCCUGCCCAUGCCUCUCUACCUCUGAAAUUAAAAAAAAAGAAAAAGAAAAAACAAGAAUGCUAUAACUGCCAUGGAUGCUGCCUCUCGAGUGGUCCAUUUCUGUUUUCUCACGCCUGUGGCCGUCCUUUUCACCUUCAGAGAAUCCUGUGUUCCCACCUCUGUUCUCUGCCUUUUUAAAGCUAGUUCCCAGUGUGCUUGCUGACCGGCUUUCCAAAGAACUUUGCCUGCUUCCUUCUCCAUUGGCAUUUGCUGUCCUUACCACAUAUGUUCCCAGUUUAUGAAGAGAUCCACAUUUCCUUUUCAACUUCUCUGCCUUCUAAAGAAAAAACAUCUCACGAUUAUUGCUGAUAACAUCCUUAUUUAGAAAUUUGUUGGCCACAUUACAGAUGGAAAUGUUUUACUGCUAGAAAAACUGAAAUCAGCUCAUUUCCAAUUAGAGAUUAGAGGAAACACCUAGAUACAACUUUUCAUUCUUGAAUAUCCAUAUUUACUCCGACUAAAGCAGAAGAGAAGUGCCAUUGAUCAACAAAUUGUAAAGGGAAGGAGUAAUUGUGAUAGAGUUUUCCCGGUGCCAUGAAAAAUUUAAAUCACAUUCAUUGUGAGCAGUGGCAAUAUGGUUGGUGAAUUCUGUGCCAAAUUUUAAGUCUAUUUUUUUCACAAAGAUGGAGAAUCAUGCAAAAGUAAACACUGUGCAUAAAGGUACAUGAAUUAUUCAAGUUCUGAUGUGUUACGCAUGUUUGUUUAAUAAAUGUAGCGUAGUCUGGAAAAAAUGCUGUAUUAUUUAAAAGUUGAACAUUUCUAUUGACAAAAGUAUACUUCAUUUACAAAUAAUAUUGCCACAUGAGGUCAAUAAUUAAAUUAGAUUUUCCAUACUUUUCAUAAAACAUCAACUUAGGAAAUAUGACUUAUUAUUACACAGAUGUGAACAUUUUGUAGGAGUUUUUGUGAAAGCACAUGGUUUUCAUGUAUCUAUGUUAAGGUACUCUUUAAAUAUAAGUAUAUAGUCAAUCUAAUAUAUGUAUUAAAUUGUUAAAAUACUUGCACAUUUUAUUUAUCUUUGUGUCUACCAUGUUCUAAAUAUGCUUGCAAGUACUUUUGU